GCCGAUGGGUGCAAACUUAAAGAACACGUAGAUAUCUAGUAUUACCUUAAUGGCUUGAUUUCCCCCCCCCCAUUCCGAUAGUUGUUAUUUAAUAUGUUACUGGCAGAAAAAGUAUCCAGCAGGAUGUGAAGGAGUGGUUCUGGGACCUGGAGCACAACGUAAACUGAGUGAAUAGAAGUCUGAUGUGUUCAGGGAUUUUAAAGCAACGCGUUCGUCUGUUUCCACAUGGUCAAAACUAGUUCAGCUGUGUAUAUCUGAAGUUCAGGAAGCGCGUGUCUCUCUCACAGAAGUAUAAUGAAAUACAUUAACUCGCUGAUGAUUUGAGAACAAAUAGAUCUAGUGACCUAGUUCUGCUGGAACAGCUGCAGGACAUAUGUUCUGGUUUGUUACAGUCGGUAGGGGCUGUGAGCACUGCCCAAAAAUGCAACAGUGUUGUUGAUUAGUAUCUUAAUUUAUUGCGGGAGUGGAAAUGCAACCGAUGUUGAGCUUGUGUAAAGAGGAGGAUCAGGCACUUAGCAGUGGCUGGUUUCCCAAAUGUUUUCUUGUUUAGCACAGCUUGCUCCUGAACUUAAGUGUUUUUCUAGAUAACAAGAAUAUAGUUGUUUCAACAAAUGCCUUUUUCGUCUCUAUUCCUCUAGUGCUUAUGGCUGUAAUAAUAAUUACCAGGUAUUGACGAAAAAUCUGUGCACGGUUCCCAAAACAAUGAAGAAUUCAUCAGUGGAUGUCUAUACCAACUGUGACAAUUCUCCCCAGAGGAGAGGCAGCAAUACCUAAUCUUUGAGGAGAGGCAAUAAGGCAAGCUCUGUGCGUGUGUUUAAAAUACUUCCAUCCACGUGCACAUCCUCAAGGCUGACUUAACGUUAGACUCUCUUGGACUGCCGUGAAAAACCCUGAAGCUGUACUGCUGCUGCAGUAGGAGAGCACCUAGAAUACCCUGUUUCUAAAAGGCAAAAUGCAUAAAUUAAUGCAGCACCCACGUAAUCUGAAGCGGAAUUAUUCAUAGCAUUUGUAUGAGUACUCCUAUACUGUCAGGCACAAGUGGAAAGCUCUCUGUCAAACUAGAUAAACGCAGUGCCUGCCUCAGCCGCCCUUUACUGGGUCAUAAGUAGCUUCUGUUCAGCUGAAAUGUGCUCAGGAAGAAAGCGUUACCUUCAAAGCUGUGAGCAAGGUGUUCUUGGCUUCUGGAGGUACGUGCUGCGCUGCAGAAAGGCUCUCCUUUCAUCUUCGGAGAUGAAUCCACCUUUUUUGUUAGAGCAGGUGUUUGUGUGUGAGGUGCCUUGUCACCACAGGAAUUGCUUAAAAAAGUAACAUCAGCGCCUGGGGGCACGGAUUUGGGAAUUCAGAUCUCCAUCUUUGUUAUGCUUACAUGGAAAAGUUUCCGUGGCAGUGCGAGCUCUUCCUGCUUUGUCCGAAUCCUCGUUAGCUGUACAAAUUACUUGUGGCAAUCAUGCUGGAGCGCGGUUUUCAGGAUUUUCAGUCCUUGGUCUUGGAGCUCUUAGCUGAUAACAGAGGGCAGUAAGACGUUUUCCCAUCGAGCUGAACUAACUUUGUUUUGAAGUUGAGGCAACAGGUUCUGUGCAAGUGCUUUUUUCAGAACGCAGAGUGGAAGCGAACGGUAGGAACUGUGCGGUGGUUUUGUUUUUCAGAGGAGCAGCUUGCCGAGGGUUGCCAUACGUAUUUCAGAGGAAUUUGACGUUCAUCCGCUGGAAUCUUAUUUAGCAAAAAUAGUUUGGGAAAUGACUCACUAGAGAGCUUUUCCCUCAAGCCGAAGGCUUUCUUUCCUCCUAUGACGCUCUAGCUAGAGGAGCUCGUCUGCUGCCAUGUUUUAUUUAUAAUAGGAAAGACUCUGAAGCCACCGGGCUGCAGGUACGCUGGCUGUGAGGUUUGGGUGUAGCUUCCAACCCCCACCAUUGAGCAAAAACGGGGCAGAUACUGUAGCACCGACAUAGGAAGCGUCUGAACAAUGCAGACAGAGGGUGACGUAACUCCUAGUACUUGGGCCAAACAGUUCAACCUAAGAAGCGUGGACUUUGCUUAGGUUGUGUGGGGUUCAGUGUGAGAUGCUGGGUGUGGAACAGUCUCUGCGUGGCCCAGUUUGGAGCAGACUGAUAAGGCUCCUUGUUUCUUAGCAACCACGGUCUGCCAUAGCCAGGAACCUGCCCUUCUGCAGCUGGAGGGAAAACUCUGAAUGUCUCAAAUCUGUGUCUUGAACCAAGACUUCUGUCUUUCCUGGGCAUGGAGGUGCCGUAUGUCCUUCUCUUAACCAGACUCGUAGCGGAAGUUGCCAGCAAAUCUACAGAAAGUUCGGUUUCAGAAACAGAAUGUUGUGUGGAUAUGUUGGAGUCAAACAGUUCCUGUCCGGUAGCCAACCAGUGCAGUCCAGGUUGUUACAGACGAUGGAACGAGGAUGGGAGUAGCAGCUGCAUUAAGUGCAAAAACGAAACUCUUCCUGUUGCUUCUGUUUACAAUCUGACUGACUGCAGAAACACUGGUAUCAGAGGGAUGAAUUUGCAAACGAAUAUAAGCACUGUAACUCCUUUCAUACAGAACAUAGGAGGUCCAGAAGUGGCAGCUUCUCUCAUCUUAGGGACGUUUUUCAUCAGCUUAUUCCUGAUUCUGUCUGUCGCUUCUUUCUUCUACCUCAAACGUGCCAAUAAACUUCCUAAUGUUUUUUACAGAAGGAACAAAGCAUCUGUUCUCCAGCCUAGUGAAACAGCGUCCAUGAUACCUCCCCCAGCUACUUCAGUUCGGAAGCCGCGAUACGUCAGACGAGAACGCUCCCUAGUGACGUCUGCAUCUGCUGCUAUGAUAUCUUCUUCCGAAACCAGGGUCAGCAAUGUGUAGCCUUCCCUCUCGACUGGGGACUUUGUAACUGUGCGCAGUGUUGGAGAAACUUCUUCUGAAUCCACUGAAGUGCCAGGCAACAAGCAGCGGACCUAAAUGGAAGCCAAAUUACUGUGUCAAAGAGUUUGUGCCAAAUGUUAGCAGGGAAACGAACUACUGCAAAGAUGCUGAUGGCAAGAGACAUCCAGUUCUGUGAACUGCUUUGGUGAUCUCGAAAUGCACUACGCCAGCUCUGUGGUUUCAUUUGUCUCCCACAGAUGCUGCGUUUAAUCUUUAAAGAAUCUGUCUGUCUUUGGUACGCUUUCGGUUUUGGCAAGUUCUUCCUGUGUUGUGAUGUGUUCUGUGUCCCCGGAGUGGAACGUCUCGGUGCUGCGGGCCGACACAAAAUACCGGGGGGAAGCGAGGAUGUGGAGUUAUUUGUAGGAACCCGUUUGUAACAGCAAACACUAAGUGCCACUGCUUUAAUGUGAUAGGAUGAUGUAACGAUACUUAAAGUGUAAUAUUAAAACAAACAAACAAAAAAAACCAACACAAAAACACCUCCUGAAGCAUCCUCUUCAGCUGCUGAAGUAGCUGACCCUGGUUUUUUACUCUAAAUACAUACCCACUGUUCAGAUACUGUUAGUACUUUUGAAAACUGGCUGGUAUAGGCUGGAUCCCAACGGAUUCUUACGCUUUGGAAGCUUUUCAGAUAGCUUCAGCUCAGUCCUUGAGUGAAGAACCAUUUGCUGUGGCUUUGUAGCUGGUGUGCUGCUACAUCUGUCCCGCAAAGACAGUCUCUGCUAACUUCCUUCCUUCCACAAAGCAGUUGAAAAGAAACCAAAAUUCCCCCAGGGUAUCUGUGCAUCUGUUAGACGUGUCAGUGAGUGUCAAGAUGAACUGGAGAGGUCAGGUGAAUUUCUGUGGACGCAAUAAGGGGUUUCUUUUGUCAAGCCCUUCGUUAACAUGCCUGACUUCCGCAGGCCAGCACCUUACAGCAGAGUCCUUGUUGAAAGCACCAGCCUAAAUAGCCCCCAGGCUCAGAUGCUCGUUCUUGCCCGUCUCAUGCCAGCCGAGUAGUGGCUCAGGAAAUUGAAGUAGCUGUAAAAUCUUCCUUGGCUGGGCUAGGCUACCUUUCAUCAAACUGGUUCCUGGCAUGGCUGACUGUUGCCAUGUGAACGUUUCAAUUGGCACGGUGGGCACAAUGGUACGGGCCUGAGAGUGGGUGACGGGGAAAUGACUGCAAAGCUGGAGGUUGCUAAAUCGGUCGAAGCGUCACUGCCACCAUAUGUGGAAUUAUUUCUAAGCAGCUUGUGCGUUCCCACCUACCUGUGUUGCUAUGGCCUGUCUUAGUUUAGCUGGAGCUCUGUUACGGGUCUGUGCUCCUAAAAUAAAUUACUUUGAAGCUUUUCAUCAUCAGCCACUGGCACGAACGUAAUGGCAGGAAACUGGAACAGUCAGUUCUCUUCAGAGAACGGGAACGUAGCUGUCUUAAGCUGAUGGCAUACCCAUAUGGAGAGCACGGACCUUACUAUCCGGAUUCCUUUUCUCCGGGGUUAAAAGCUUAUCUGGAGUUACAGGGACAGAACUGGGCUGGGCAGGGAUAUCUUAUUGAUUAGGCCUGUUUUUAUACAAGUCCCGGUGCAGCUGUACGUACCCGCAUCUCUCUCCUUACAAUGUAAACGAGAUCCCUUGUAGCAUCCAAACAACAAGCUUGGGCAAAGAAAAAACCAUGAAGAAGCAAGGGGAAAAACAAAGCCAAAAGAAAACCCGCACCACCUCGAGCUGCUGCACAGAGGAACUUCAGAGCGUCCUGUCCCAGGCAUCCAAAAAGCUUUAGAGCAUCCUUUGGUCCCAAGCAUCUAAAAAGCUUUUGUUCUAGCAGGCAGCACUAAAGACAGCAGGCAAUGCCAUUUGAGACACUUGAGUUUUCGGUAUGAAACGCGCUUGCAGUUCGUACGUUCCCUGUUCAGGAAGCAGCAAUUUUGGCUGUGAUUUCAAUGUCUUUCCGUGUUUGUGCCGCUGUGUUGUGUUUUUCCCCCCCCACCCCCGCAGGUAGGAAUUGUUUGGAGGUUGUAGGUUUUUCCUGCCCUUCGUGGCUGAAUAUUGUCUUAACCUUUUGAGGAAAAGGAGUAACUAUGCAAAUAACGUAACGCCAAGAAACCGCACCUCUUGAAAGGAGGGAGUUUCUGCUCGCAAAUCCGUCCGUGAUAACGCAUCCACGUAUGGCUUAGUUGCUAAUGCAUUCUUUCUACUCGUUCAUUAUUGAAGGACCGUUCAUGUCAUAGUGUUGUCUUCUCCUCGAGUGCGUAUUGUAACUUUGGUCGUGUCCGACCUCCGCGCGGUCAAGUCUUUCCUCAGCCUCAUCUCUUCUCCUUUCUGUGCUGCUUCUCCCCAGCACGCUCUUUGAACGCAGUGAAUACGUGUUGCUGUCUUCUUCUUUCUGUUUCGGGAUCUCCUCACCUUUUGUUAUUGCUCUCCGAUGCAGUGAACCCCUGAUCUAAACGGUUCUGUAUUCAUUUGCACUGUCAGUCUCGAUGUAGGCUGUGUUUUGGUUUCAGUCUCCCUCCGCCGUAAUACCAGAUGUAAUAUAUAACAUUGGCUUUAACGAACCAUGGUAUUUAACGUAUUUGUGUCUUUCUUUUUUAAUUGUGCCAAAAUAAACAUCUCUGAGCUUUUUUUAAUGA